AUGGAUAUAAAUAUUUUAGUUGGAUUGCGAUUCAAUCCUGUAAUGCAUCCAGAAGAUCCUCUGGAGGUAUUUUUGGAUUGGAGCCGUAAAAAUGGAAUCAUUUUCGAUGGCCUUGAGAUAAGAUCGAGCGAGACUUCUGGCAAUGGGAUAUUUGCUACAAGAGCAUUUCGCACAGAUGAGAAAUUCAUCCAGUUACCAGAAACGUUGAUGAUUACUGCUGGUAAAGUCGCUGAUAUGGAAAAAUAUGCGAUUCUUCUACAAGAGACCGGGUUUCUUCCUACUCCAUUUGAGAUGCUAACAAUAUUUUUUUGCUUGGAAGAAGUUGAAUCUUCGUUCUAUGGGCCAUACUUGAGGGUGUUACCGAAGACCUUCACUACACCUGCAUUUCUCGGCGAGACCAUCAGUGCUGAGAAUCUGCCCUCAUCUGUUCGUGAGUACUGGUGCACACAACAGAAAGAUCUGCAGGAGAUGUGGAAAAGAAUACAUAGUAUACUCCCAAAAGUUACACACGAAACGUUCCUAUGGGCAUGGCAUGUAGUAAAUACUCGGUGUAUUUACGUCGAAAACAAGCCGCAUCCUGUGAUUGAUAACUCUGCAGGAGAUACGCUCGCAGUGAUACCAUUUGUGGAUAUGCUCAAUCAUGAUCCUCAAGCUCAGGGUAUGGCUAUGUUUGAUCGCUAUUCGAAGACGUACAUGGUGCGAGCGUCGCAUUGUGUACUUGAGGAUCAGCAGGUUACUGUAUGCUACGGACCUCAUGAUAAUGCUCGCUUAUGGAUGGAAUAUGGCUUUACGCUGCCGAAUAAUCCAAACGGAAAAGUUGUUAUAGAACAUGCUCUAUUUAUCGCCCUUGCAAAGAAAGUCGGUGUGGUGGUAACAUCUUUGCACGAAGAAGCAUUGCAAGAAGCUGCAUUACCUUGUACAUUAUAUCUAUCGGAUGAGGGACCGAGUUGGGCCUUACGAGUCAAUAUGAAGAUACUCAUGCUUUCAUUGCCAGAGCUGAAAAGAUGGCGGGAGAUAGUUUAUACAGAUGAACCGCGUACAAGAUCUAUCUCUUCACUUGAGGAUGAUUGUGAACUUGACGAAGAAGAAUUAAAUGAGUUCAAGACACUGGAACGGAUAUUGAACGAGCUGAGGAAAGCUAUAGCGUCAAAAAUGGAAUCAGUUCCACAACAAACGCAAUGGAUUUGGAAAGAACAAUUGGCUGUUGUUGAUGUGGUAUUAUCGUCUUUCUCUCGAUGAUUCACAUACCUCGAAUUUCACUUAAGAGUUUGAAUGUAUUUAAUACUCUUCUAACAAUGAAAAUGAGAAUGAUA